GUGUGUACGGAUCAAAUUAGUUGUUAUCUCCUGUUGUUUUUUCUGUUGACGCGCUGUCGAGCAUACGCACGGACGUGACGUGCGGGAUUCCAUCUUCGGUCUUGCGCACCUGCGUAGACACCGCGGUAACGAGAGAAUUGGCGAGCGCAAUAGCCUGUCCCUACACCCUCGUGAGGUUUGAAGUAGCGCAACAUACACCGUCUGCUUUCUCACCACUAAAAAAAAAGACCUUGUGUGUGUUUCUUGUCGCUCAUUUACAUCGAGGCGUCACGGACUUGUGAAUCGUACGUAACGAACCUUCAGCGUCUCCUUCCUCGUGCUUUCAUGCCUCCCGUGUCGUCGACGAACGCAGCCCCGCUGCUGGCCACGAGCCUCAUAAUCGCGGAGUUUGACAUCGACACAGGCGCGAGCCUGCGGGCGUGCUACCCGCGCGCCGCGCCGGCCGCUUCCUCUUCCCCCACGUCCCCGCACCCCCCCACCGCCGACUCGGUGGAGGCCGCCGUGCCGCCGGGCAUCGCCGGCCACACGGAGUACUUCGCGAAUGUGAUGCUGCCCGAUGGCGCGGAGAAGGUGAGUGUGACCCGCACCGUCUUUGUUGUGAACCGACCACAGCCGGCGGUGUUUCUGCGCUUCCCGGUGUACCGCUUCGUGCGUGCGAGCGCCGAAGCGGCCGGCCAGCGCUCUCCCCACAGCCCUCCUCUUCCUCCUGUCUCUGGCGGGGCGGAUGCGGCGUGUCACUGGUGCCGCGCGCCGGGCGAAGAGACCGCGCUGUACGUGCCGGAGAUGCUGCUCAUCAACACCUCCACCAGGGCGGUUUCGUUGCGGUACAAGGACACCGAAAUCGAGGCCGCGAUGGUCCUCCCCAUCGAAAACAUCUCUUCCCUUCCAAGUCUGCCGGCUGACGUGGUGCGCUUUUCGAAGCAGCUGGAGGCGAUGCUGAUGAACGAAGGCAUGCUGGCCGGCAGCCGCACAGCCUCUUUUGCUGCCGGCGGAGGCGACUCGGUCAUUGGAGACGGCGGCGGCGCUGGCAACUUUGCCGCGGUUCCCGCCGCUUCAGCCUCGCUUUCUUUAUCUCCUGGUGGGGGAAACAGCAGCCGCCACAACAGCAGCACGUCUGACUACGCGUUUGUUGUGAUUGCCUACACCGAUAGUCGCCAUGAGGGGUACCUCAUGCGUGUUUCACAGUUUGAGCGGCUGCUGCGCGAGAUGAUGGCGAUGCUGGAAGGGGCGGGUAAAUCAGCGUCUGCUGAGGCGGCUACGACGGCACCGCCACCACCGCCACAGUCUGGGGCGAAUGCAGCACAUGCCGCACACCGAGGAGGGAGUGGUGUCCCAGGUGGUGCUCUCAACCCGGACCCGCAAGCCGAGAGAGGAGGAAACCCGGCCACGGUGUCCGACGCGCUCCACUCCCCGCCCGCUGAAAGCGUUGGAGACUCGGUGCGGACACCCGUUACGUCAUUGAGCCGCGUCGACUCCAACAGCGGCGACUCCGACAACCGCGGCGGGAUGUGGCUGCCGGCCUCCGUUACACCGCCCUCCCCGGGAGCUCGCUUUGACGCCGACGCCUCCACACCGCCAACUGUUCCCGUCGCCGCUGCAGUGAACCGAUUGACGCCGCCCACCUCCGAGGAAAACACGGUGCAUCUGCUUCUACCACGCGCCGACAGCGUGCACAGUAACGGCAGCGACGUCACCGCUGCUUCGGGGGUGCUGCAAGGGGCACGGCGAUUUGCGGACUCGUCUGCCGCCCCGCUGGGUCAGGCAACGAUGGGCUCUGGCAAAUCAACCGAUGGCGAGUCGGGGACGGCGGCGGCGAGUGGGCCAGUGCUGUUCGGCCUCUGCGCCGUUGUCUCGAAACGCGACAGCACCGCCCGCCGCGGCGGCAUCACGAAGAGCGUUGCCGUGCUGGGGCCCUCCCUGGUGUGGCUGGAGCCGUUCUUCCCGGUCCUGGUGGCCGCCGCGCAGUACUGUUGCGACGUGAGUGGAACGAACGAGGAGGCGCUGCGGGAGUUGCAGCGCAUUCUGAAGCGUUGCUACGACUCCAUCAACAACGCGGCAGGCGUCGUGGCGGCGGGGCGAGCCAAGGUGGAUCAACUCACCGCGGAGAUCGGCAAGUACUGCGCCAUCGGCAGCGGACAACAGGCCUACGUGUACUACAACGAUGCCCCUUUUGGCACAACCAUCAAGGCGAAGAUUCCGCUGUCCCCCGAGUCAAGUGACAUCGCCUUCACCAAGUACAGCAUUGAGACCCUGAUUGAGGUGCUCGGGCCGUCCUCCCUGCAACUAAUCCUUGGCAUUCUGACCGAGAAGAAGAUCCUCAUUUUGUCGCGCAAAGGUGAGGCCACCGACGUGUGCGAGGUGGCGCUGUCACUCGGGAUCAUCGGCACCCUGCUCGACAGCAGCUUCAUCGCAAAGAAGGUGUUUCCCUACGUCUCGGUGAGCAGCGUGGACCACUUCCAGCACGUCCCCGGCUACGUCGUGGGCACCCUCAACCCCAUCUUCGAGAACGCCUCACCGUGGGGCUGGGACCUGCUGUGCGACCUGGACAACAAAACCGUCAUGACCGCGGCGGAGCGGACGCUGCGCCGGCAGAUCGGGUCGUCCACCUCGGCGGCAGGCAACUGGGCCACCGCCACGGCCGGCUUGGCGAAUGCGGUGGGUGUCGGCGGCGGCGGUGCCGAGGCGGAGGCCCUCCGCAGCCUCCCUCCGCCGCUGCAGCGGCUCUACAAGAAACUUGUGAACAGCGUCUACCACCUGCGUGCACUGCGCGUGAGCGCCGCGGAGCGCAACCGACGGCUACGUCUUGUCCUGGAAGACUUUCUUUACACGAUGGUCAUGGUGGGCUACGUGACGGGUGGCAACAUCGCUGUGCCUACCUCACUCUACCCUGUCUUUGCGCAUCGCUCACUUGGUGUGCUGCGGCAGGAGAUGAUGCUGACCGCCAUGCUGGACAAUGUGAGCACGCAGGUGCUGCACCCAAAGGAGAGCCCGGCGCUGCUGCUCAACUGCGCAGCCUUGCGUCACUGUGCCUCCGGCGAAACGCCAGUGCAACGGACGCUGACGGCUUUAUUGCACUUGUUGGAGUCUCCCUACGAUGUGAAGCUAUUUCUGCGCCGCAUGGCGCUCGCCGUCGGUGGGUUGAACGCGGUGGGGAUGCAGCUGACGCAUCCAUCGUCCGAUACUCGCGCCGCAGCUGCGGCUCUUCUCGCGCGUGUAGAGUCCGUGGCCGAAGGCAAAGCUGCUGUUGCUUCGAUGAACAACUUUUUCUUGAUGAUCUACGAAAACGGGGUGAAGGGGGCGAGUCAGUAA